GUCUUCCUAGGCAUUUUGUAGUUCAUUGCGCACAGAAUGGCUCUCUCCAGAGGGCUCAGGUGCUGUCAGCGGAUUUUCUCUUGGGUCCCUGUUGUCAUCAUCACCGCUGUGGUGCUCUGGUCUUAUUACGCUUACGUCUUUGAGCUGUGCCUUUUUACUUUGAGCAACACUUUGGAAAAAGUUUGCUACCUCAUUGCUUUCCAUGUCUGCUUUGCAAUGUUCAUUUGGACUUACUGGAAAUCCAUUUUUACAUUGCCUUCUCGGCCGUCAAAAAAGUUUCAUCUUUCAUACACUGACAAAGAGAAAUAUGAAAAUGAAGAAAGACCUGAAGCACAAAAACAAAUUCUUAACGAUAUUGCUAAGAAGUUACCUGUGUACACUCGAGCAGCAUCUGGAGCUGUUCGAUUCUGUGACUGGUGUCAGGUAAUAAAACCUGACCGUUGCCAUCAUUGUUCUGUUUGUGAAAUGUGUGUUUUAAAAAUGGACCAUCAUUGUCCAUGGGUAAAUAACUGCAUUGGCUUCUCAAACUACAAGUUUUUCCUACUUUUCCUUGCAUAUUCCAUGUUAUAUUGCAUCUAUGUUGCUUCCACCGUUUUGCAGUAUUUCAUUAAGUAUUGGGUGGGUGAAAUUCACAAUGACCGUGCCAAGUUCCAUGUACUCUUUCUGUUGUUUGUUGCACUUAUGUUCUUUGUAAGUCUCAUGUUCCUUUUUGGUUACCACUGCUGGCUUGUGUCAAAAAAUCGAUCCACUUUAGAGGCAUUCACCUCCCCAGUAUUUCUGAGAGGCCCAGAUAGAAAUGGCUUUGAUCUGGGUACGUUGAAAAAUUUGGAACAGGUGUUUGGAAAGGAAAGACAGUAUUGGUUUUUACCCAUUUUUACCAGCCUCGGUGAUGGACAUUUUUUCCCUAUGAGGACGCAAAGUGAAUCCAGCAGUCCAUUGUUGUCGACUGAACACCAGUGGGAGGAUGGGCGAUCGGAUGAAGAGACCAAUCCCCUGCAAAUUGAAGAUCAGGCAGUCACAAUGGAAAUGGAGACAUAACGUACUGUUCAAUUUGCUGUACCUCUCUUUAUUUACAGGAAAAGAGUCCUGGAGUAAUAAAGUGGGAGAAAAGAGGAAGACCAUGUGAAGAAGGCAGGAUUCACUUUGGUGGGUGAAUGGAGCAAGAAAUACUGUAGAAAGCAGCCAAAAAGCUGGUUACAUUUUCUUUUCCCCUGUUUUCUGGGGUUUUUAUAUCUGCUAAUAUCCCUUGUAUGAUUUGUUUGUCCUCCAUUGUAUUUUAUUUGUAUUUUAUCUUUGUUACCUUUUUGUUUAAAAUAAAG